CAGAGACGCAGACUUCCAGGCGUCGUCUUCACUCCUCCCCCUUCCCCACUCCACUCCUCCUCCUCCUCGACCCGGAAGCCGCACGAGCAAGGCGCCAGCCAUCUUGCUUGGAACAUUUGGAAGGCGAUACAACAGAGUGUAAAAUGCGGCAGUUCUGACUGGGGGCUUCUUCAGAUGGCAACAAGAGCUGCAGACGCCAUUGCUUGGUAUCAGAAAAAGAUUGGUGCUUACGACCAGCAAAUAUGGGAAAAAUCUGUAGAGCAACGAGAAAUCAAGUUUGUUAGAUUGGGCCUCCGAAACAAGCCUAAGAAGAGUGGGCACGUCAAGCCGGACCUGAUCGACGUCGAUCUGGUCAGAGGCUCCACGUUUGCCAAAGCCAAGCCGGAGAGCGCUUGGACGGCCAUCACUCGCAAGGGCAUCGUGCGCGUGCUGCUCUUCCCUUUCUUCUCGCGCUGGUGGAUCCAGGUCACCUCCGCGGGCAUCUACCUGUGGCUGCUGGGGCUCUAUGUGCUGCAGGCUCUGGCCGUCGUGCUGUACGUGAGCGGACCCAGCGAGCAUGACGUGCCGUGGACGGAGGUGCUGUGCCCCGUGUGGCUCAUGCUGCUGCUGGGCACCGUGCACUGCCAGAUCGUCUCCACUCACUUCUACAAGACACAGAGCAGCCUUGGGGCCAAGCGACGACGGAGACUGCGUAAGGCGUCGCAGAGUGACCCUGGCAAAGAUGGAGGUGGUUCGAGUACCACCGAUAACCAGGACGAGUUCAGGCGCUCAGGCGGUGGGAGCCACGGGCCCGGGGUUCUGGCGGCCCUGAGACGCGUGUGGGGGAGACAUCGUGUCUUUGGGCCGGAGCAAAGCAAGCGCUACGAGGAGAAGUCCACCGAGACUGACAAUGGCUACAUCUGCCUGGAGGGGAAGGCCUCGCGACACUGCGUUGCCGGGGGCGGCCCCCUUCUCUCGCACCGCGUGGAGGCCCUCUCUGCAGAGGGCCGCCCCCAUCAGGGGUCACAUAGCAAGCAGGAGGCGGGCCGUUUGGGCCCCGCUGCCUCGGACGACCUGUCAAGCGAGGAAGAUGGUGGCGGGCUGCGGGCCCCGGAGACGCCGGUGUACCGUCGCGGCGCGGAGCGUCCGUCGUGUGACGGGCUGCGACAACGCAAGCUUCACACGCACUGCAGGAAGCACUGCUCCGCAGAGGGAAGCGUGCACGCCACCCGCGACGGUGCCACGGCCUCCGGCUCUGAGAGUUGUGAUCGAUCAGAGAACGACUCCUUUCUUUUCCCACAGUGCUGCCAGGAGGUGCUGCGCUCGUCAGGCAGCUGCAGCUCGCGCAGUUGCACGACGUCGCGCCACGACUCGGAGAGCACGCGGCCCGAGUCGGAGACGGAGGAGCUGCUGUGGGAGGACCUCCUGCUGGGCGCCGAGUGCCGCUCCACAGGCUCCACGGACAGCGAGGACACGGUGGCGAGCGCCGCCACCCUGGCCCGCGCGCGCGACGACCCCUUCCAGCAGCAGAGUCAGCUGUUCUUUCCAGGCAGCUCCUCCGUUGGGCUGGAGCGCGUGAGUGCCAUCGUGUGGGAGGCCAACGAGUGCAAGAAGGCCGAGAUGUCCGUCCUGGAGAUCAGCGGCAUGAUCAUGAACCGGGUGAACACGUACAAGCAAGGCCAGGUAUACCACGUGUUCAGCAACCUGGUUACGCUGCUGCUGGGUGCGCUCCCGCUGGCCUUCCGCCUGCUGUGGCACAUGGGGCUGGACCAGGCGAGCGCCGCGUCCCCCCUCGACGUGCUCUGGUGCUGCCUGGGCCUGGGCGCUGGCCCGGCCGCCGCCGCCAUCGUCGUCAUCUGCCUCGUGCAACGCGUGUGCCUCGUGUGGCUGCUCUUCUUCAUGCUCUCCGUCGCCGAGAAGACCUACAAGCAGCGGUAUCUGUUCGCCAAGCUGUUUGGGCACCUGACAUCGGCCAGACGGGCGCGCAAGUCGGAGAUCCCCCACUUCCGGCUCAAGAAAGUUCAAAAUAUCAAGAUGUGGCUCUCACUGCGCUCGUACCUGAAGAGGCGGGGUCCCCAGCGUUCGGUGGACGUGAUCGUGUCAUCCGCCUUCCUGCUGGAGCUCUCUGUGGUCUUCAUCUGCUGUGCCCAGCUGUUGAACGGGCACAGCACCUUCCUCGACGUUCACUACAACUGGGAGUUGCUGGCGUGGAGCCUCUCGCUGGGAAUAUUCUUGUUGCGCUUCGUCACGCUCGGCUCGGAGACGAACAAAAAAUACAGCAACACGUCCAUUCUGCUGACGGAGCAGAUUAACUUGUACCUGAAAAUGGAGAAGAAGCCGAACAAGAAGGAAGAGCUGAACCUGGUGAACAAUGUGUUGAAGCUGGCAACCAAGCUGCUCAAGGAGCUGGACUCGCCGUUCCGGCUCUACGGCCUCACAAUGAACCCCAUGCUCUACAACAUUACGCGCGUGGUCAUUCUGUCGGCCUUCUCCGGUGUGAUCAGCGACCUCCUGGGCUUCAACCUCAAGCUUUGGAAGAUAAAAUCCUAAAGCAGGGUGCGCGAAGAGUUCGUUUCCCGCAGGAGCGGUGAAGAUGCCCAUUAGUGAAUCGAUCCCAAGAGGCUAAAAUGUGACUUUGCAAGGUUAAUACUGCAGCUGAGUAAUCAUAAACACAAGGAGGUGUUUUCCUGUGCACCUGUUUUGGCAUUUGUUCCAUGAUAUUUUAUUAUUUUGAUUCAUGUUAUUGCCUCCUCAGUGUUGAAAGUGUUUUCAUCUAAAUACCGCAGCAUCUCAAGUGACCAAAGUCAGUGUUCACAUGUUUUAUUUUAUUUUACAAUCUAAAUCAAAAUACUGUAUUGUCUUGGAUAGGGAUGUGUGUAUGUUGAAAUGUCUUUUUAACUAUUCAAUCCCGUCAUAACUACCUAUAGAGGUUUGGUACGAUCUCACGUAAUGUUACACAGACUGCCAUUUUUUUACGGGCACAUCGCCACAUGUGAUGUACUGAUGGUUACGUUUGCUGCACGUUUGUUUGCUGAAUCUUGGUAUUAAUAUUCGGCAGAAAUGCCGAAUAAAGAGGUCAAAAAUCCACAGCAGACACUCCUGAUGAGUUUUAAGAAACGUGCAAAAAAUUAGGCAGGCAAUAUGCGAUAGACGAAUGUCAACCAAACUAUGGGUUCGAUUUUCUCUGUUAACAUAUUUGUAAAAUGUACAUAUGUAUCGAUCUUAAGUUACAGUAUUGUCUGAAAACUGAUUUUAUUAUUAUUUGCACUAAGCUGGCCAAGAUGGCCUUGAUGGUCAAACAAAAUGUGUUCAAACGUUGAUAAGCUUGUCACCAUUGGGUGUGUUUUAACCUUUUAUUUAGCUUGUGCAUACUACACGUGAGUGGUUAACGCCCAUUGAGCCCACUUGCUUUGUCCUUAUGACAAGAACUUAAUUGGACAUGAAAGUAUAGCAUCUGGCCUCGUGAAAAUCGGUAAUAAACCCAAAAACUAAACGUGUUGCCGCCUAUACAUACAUCUAAGUGGGGUGUUCUUUUAACGCAAUUGCAUAUUUGACCUUGGUUUGAAAACGGUGGUGUAUAUGUCACUGCAUUUGUCAGGAUACGUUAUUUAAAGUCGAUGCCUCCUAUAAGCUACAGGGUGUGCAUUUCAUGUACAGUGUGUGCUCACUAGAGCUGCAAUUCCUGCAAUAAGUAUAUGGUAUUUAAUUCCCAGGAUUCCACCCCGGACAAUUCCUGUCGGAAGUGAUGUAUCGGUGAUUCCCAUGUCAGAAUCUCAAAUGUAUUUAAAUGGGAGUCUAACAGGGGUUUUGCUAUGGGAUAUUUGUAUAAUAGAAUGGGGCGGGGGGGGGGGGGUUACAUCGUGAAUCCAACUCUGCUAGGUACUGCUGAGUCUAUCUGGGCAAGAUUACAAUAAUCGCCGAUUCCAUGUGGCCAGAAUAGCCAUUGCAAUCCAUGACCUAUGCCUAUUAUGCAGAAUUGACCGAAUUCACCGAAUUCUACCCCGUUUCUGGCAGUGAGUUCAGUUAAAUACAGAGAGAGGGGGGCCUGUGGUUGCCACCGGCCUGCACCCACGCCCAUAUGCACGACCCUGCUUCAUGUAUAUGCAAAUUCUGGCCAGAUUCUUAGUUGCUCUUUGCAUAGCCUCGGCUAAACUGCCCCGUGCAUCCUGGCUUGGCAUUGCUAUGGAUAAAGCACCAUGUCCUGAACGACGUUUCUCCUGACAAUGAGGUUCACACUGCUGAGAGAUGCAUUUGAAAUGGUGAGAUUCAUUUCGUGCAUGAACAUCCCCUGUUUGAGCGUGAUCCCUAAAAAGGCCUUCUGCGAUUUUUCUUAUACGAUCUCUGCUCCUGGUUUUGGGGGGUUUUUGGAGGGAACAGCUUUUGGAAUUUGAGGAUACCAUCGACAAACACACGCACCAUUUUGUUUGUUUUGAGAUGCUUUAAAUAGCCAGACGUCACUGCACAUUAAUACAAACACUACCAGCUUGUGUUUUUAUAUCUUGUGACGUGAUGGACAAGUUACGCAUUUGCAUUGUAUUAUUGCUGUUACAUAAUGUUUAUUGUUGUUUUAUGACAAUGUACAAAUGGUACUAUUAAACCAAACCUGCCCAAAA